CGAAACGUUGAUAACCCAAAUAGGAAGGUUAUCGAUUGCAACUUGUACUUGGCAAGUUUGCUCACUUUGCCCUACUACCACCAUCUCUUCAAUCGUUUGUGUCUUCAGUUCUUGAAACACGAUGGAUAUCGUUUCGAUAGCAAAGAACUUCACUGAGUUCUACUACUCACAAUUCGCGGCAGGCCGGCAGAAUCUGGCCCCUUUGUAUCGGCCACACUCCAUGCUGACAUGGGAGGGCAAACAGUUCCAAGGUGGAGAUAACAUUGUCGAGCAUCUGAGUGAGCUGCCCUUCCAAACGGUGGCCCAUAAGAUCAGCACAUUUGACGCGCAGCCGUCAUCCCUCGACAUGAGUACUCUCUUGAUCAAUGUGACAGGACUGCUAAGGGUGGACGGUGACCAAGAGUUGCAGUUCUCCCAGGUGUUCGUGCUAGCAAAGGAAGGCGGUUCAUUCUACGUGCUCAAUGACAUGUUCCGGCUCAACCUCGGCUGAGGCACCAUAUCAUAAAUCUGGCAGAUGAGACAAAGAUCCCCGGACGUGUAAUGGAGGACGGAAGCUUAUAUCGUUUGUAACCCGUAACUUAUCACAUCGCAAGUAGAUCAGACUGUUGGUUUUGGAAAGAUCGUCGUAUCGAACACCUACAAGCGGGAUCAGCAGAACACGCGCUUAACCGAUCA